ACUGAAGAUGAUACGCCUUCCACUGAAAAAAUAGUUUGCUCCGCCCCCGCGUAUAUAGAGUAUUGACUUACCAAAUCACUAUCCGAUCACCAUGCAGUUCAUUGUGAAGAGUAUCCUAUUUCAGUGCCCAUUCACUUAUAUUGCUUCCUCACCUUAUAUUUACGGCUGCGAUUGAUAGAUUUUGACACACUCGCAAAGACCUGCCGCGUCGAAGUGAGACAUCGCUCAAAUGGAGUCCGGUCCAGCCCGAUGUUAUGGUAAAAUCCAAAUCCUGUGCCUUUCACUCCUAUGGCUGGUCAUUCUCACAACACCCUCUAACGGUCAGAUAUCGAAGAGAGAUGUUGCGUUAUGCGAAAAGACGGCUAUGAAUUUAAUCCUUCAUCCACCACCGAUGAUUGCCGAUCGCUGCCCGAAGACAAUAGUUCCAACCAUCGGAUGUAGAGGGCAUUGCAACUCGUACUCGAAAGUAGACAUGGCGUAUCCGUUUGAGAUUACCAGGUCAUGCAGCUGCUGUACCCCGACCUCUUUUGCGAUCGACCUAGUGAUUAUGAGGUGUAAGGAUGGCCAAAAUAUCCGUCGGCCCUUCCGCUACGCCCGGGACUGUAUAUGCAGGCCUUGUGACAACCACGACAAGUAUAACGCCUACGCCGAAGUGGGCCUGGAGAAGAGGGCCGGCCAUGUUUGGAGCAACCAUGAACAAGUCAUCGCCGAGGUGAAACGCAGCGGUGGAGGGGAAUCGAAUCUUUUCGGCGACAUCUCCGGGGAUGGGUCACUGGCGUCGGUGUUGUAAAUUGAACUGCCUUUUGACGGACUUCUGACCCGGGCUUUAGACCUAGCCUCUUUCACAUGGCGCUCAUGGAUAUGAAAUGACCGGGCCGAAAAGCGUGUCUUUGGCGGAAAUUCCUACCCCGUGUCAUCUUAACACUUGUCUUAUAAAUCAAAUGUAUACCACUUUUUUCAAACAGUAAGUAGGAAAGGUAUGCUUUCACCGUAGAGUUGCCGUUGCGAUGGCCAACUCAGUAAAACUUUACUUUACGCGGCUCCCGAGUGAUUUUCUCCGCCCCUUUAUGGCCAUGUCAAAGACUGUGAGAGCCUAAAAAGGGAACAUUCGGUUUUGGUGUUGUGAUCAGUUAAAAAGCACAAUAAAAAUAACUUCUCUCAUCAUUUUUCUGUUCUGCAAGGCAUGUCAAUCUCGAAUGGAUUCAUUUAUCA